CGGGCCACCGUAGGGCGUUCUGUUACCAAGGCAGCAGGACGGAGCCAGGCGGACCUUGAGUACACUUUAGAGUUGGAACGCACCCACGGUGUUACGUUGUCUGCGGUAGACUUACUGAGUGGGUUCCUGACCCACCCCGGUGAUGUUCAGGCUUUCGAGAAGUCCGGGAGAGGUGAUGGACGUCUCCCAGCACUGAGCGCCAUCGGAUCGGAGGCACCAUGGGCACCGCCUCCUCCCUGGUCAGUCCCGGGGAGGUGAUAGAAGACGGCUACGGGGGCGAAGGCGGCGAAGCCUGUGUGAUCCCCGUGGAGGUGAAGCCCAAGGCCCGACUGCUGAGGAGCUCCUUCCGCCGGGGUCCCCGGGUGAUCGGGGCCAGCUUCAAGUCCACGGGCUCCGUGGACCUGGAGUACGCGGCCGAGUACGAGCGGCUGCGGAAAGAGUACGAGAUCUUCCGUGUGAGCAAGAACAACGAGAUCUCCUCCAUGCAGAAAAAGGAGGCGAAGCUGGACGAUGAAAACAAGAGGCUUCGAGCUGAGCUGCAGGCUCUACAGAAGACGUACCAGAAGAUCCUGAGGGAGCGGGAGGGGGCUCUGGAGGCCAAGUACCAGGCUAUGGAGCGUGCCUCCACCUUCGAACACGACAGGGACAAAGUCAAGCGGCAGUUUAAAAUCUUCAGGGAGACCAAGGAGAAGGAGAUCCAGGACCUGCUGCGGGCCAAGAGGGAGCUGGAGGCCAAGCUGCAGCAGCUGCAGGCUCAGGGCAUCAUGGUGUACAACCCGGACGACUCGGACUCUGACGACAACCGGCCUACCGCCACGCCUGCGGGGACCCAGUGCGAGUCGUGGGUGGGCGGGCCCCUGGGCAGCGAGCCGUCCAUGGGCAGCAUGAUGCAGCUGCAGCAGACCCUCCGGGGCCCCGAGAUGGCCCACAGCCUGAUCGACGUGGAGGGGCCCUUUGCCAACGUCAGCCGAGACGACUGGGAGGCGGCGGUGGCCAGUCUCCUGCUGCUCUCCCCUCACGUGUCCCAGGCUCUGAGCAGCAACACGGUGCGCUGCUACCUCAUCUCCGCCCCCGACACCCAGGAGGAGCUGGCCGCCUUCACCAAGACGUACUCCAGCAGGCUGCAGCGGCUCUGCGAGGCCCGGGGCCACUUCUACCUCAACGUCAGCUUCCCCGAGGAGCACGCCGCCGCCUUCUCCCUGGAGCGCCGGCGGGAGAUGGAGAAGAGCUCCGUGUGCGUCCUGCUCCUCAAGUCGUCCCUCUCCAGCUCGGCGGUGGAGGACGCGGAGGAGGCGUUUGUGAGGAACCCCGACGGGCGCCCCCUGGUGGUGUACCUCCGUACCGACGGGGGGCAGGGCCUGCCGGAGCCCACCCGACUGCUGCUGGAGAGGGUGAACGCCGCCGACACGGCCGCCAAGGUCCAGGUGGUGGACCACAGCGGCUCUGCAGAGGAAGGAGCAGCCAUGAUCUUCUCCCAGCUGGAGAAGGUCAUCAAACAGCAGCUGCUAGGUCUGGAGGGGGCCGACGGCGACGCCAAGGACUCUGGGGCGGAGGAGUGUGCGGACGAGGAAUGGGGCGACGUGCUGUGGGACCUCCACGAUGAGCAGGAGCAGUGUGAGGCCUUCCAGCAGGCCUGCUGCACCUCCUCGCCGCUCGGCCUGCAGAAGUAUCUAGAUCGUCUGAAUGACAUGGUGGCAGCCCCCCCACCCACCCCUCCCCUGCUCCUCUCUGGGGGUCCGGGUUCUGGCAAGUCUCUCCUGCUGUCCAAAUGGAUUGAGCUGCAGCAGAAGACUUCCCCCAACACCCUGGUGCUGUACCACCUGGUGGGCCGUCCUCUGUCCACCAGCUCAGAACCUGUUCUGCUCAUCAAACGCCUCACUGUCAAGCUGCUGCAGCACCUGUGGUCGGUGGCGGGUCUCUCCAUGGAGCCCAGUAAGAUCCUGGAGGACUUCCCUCGCUGGCUGGAACGCCUGUCGGCCCGUCACCACGGCAACAUCAUGAUCAUCAUCGACUCCAUCGACCAGAUCCAGAACGCAGAGAGACACAUGAAGUGGCUGAUCGACCCGCUGCCCGUCAACGUCAGGGUGGUGGUGUCCGUCAACGUGGAGACCUGCCCGCACACCUGGAGGCUGUGGCCCACCCUGCACAUGGAGCCCCUAAACCCCAGGGAGGUGAGGAGCAUGGUGGGCUCAGAGUUCCAGGACCUGGAGGUCCAGCUGUCAAAGGACCAGGAGAAGAGGCUGGAGCAGCACUGCCGCUCUGCGUCCGCCUGCAGCGCUCUGUACGUCACACUGCUGGCCCGCCUGCUGUCCAGCUGUAGGGGGCGCUGGACUCUGGAGAAGCUGCUGGAACAGUGCCUCCUCUGCCAGGACACCAUGUCCCUGUACCGCCUGGCCCUCCAGGUGACCCUGGACUCCCUGAGCUCCCCGCGGGACCGACACACCACCACCGAGAUGCUGUGUCUGGUGUGGGCCAGCCGGAACGGAGUCAGCGAGUCAGAAAUCCUGGAGCUGAUUCCGGAUCUGGAGUUUCCUGUUCUGUCGUCUGUGCUGCAGCAGCUCAGCAAACUACGCAUUCUGACCCUGGUCGGCGGACUGAUCCGCUUCCAUCACCUGCAGGCCUGGGAGGCUGUCAGGCAGGAGUUCCUGAGCGGGGGGGACAGGGCGGUUCCUUACAGAGACAAACUCAUCCUCUACUUCAACCAGAAGCUCAGCCAGCAGGAGGUGUGCUGGAGGACAGCAGACGAGCUGCCCUGGCUGCUGCAGCAGCAGGGGGAGAAGGAGGAGCUGCAGCUGGUGCUCCUCAACCUCCUGGUGUCCCAGGACCUCUACAAGAGGGGCCGGUUCUGGGAGCUGCUGUGCUACUGGCAGUGCGUGGGGAAGGACCGCGGCUCCAUGGCCGCCCAGUACUUUGAGGCCCUGCGGUGCUACGAGCAGAGCUGCCAGGGGGAGGACAGCAUGAGGCGGCUGGCCGGCCUCUACGAGACCCUGGGCCGCUUCCUCCGGGACCUGGGCCUGGUCAGCCAGGCCGUUGCCCCCCUGCAGCGGUCCCUGGAGAUCCGGGAGACGGCCCUGGACCCGGACCACCCCAGCGUGGCGCGCUCGCUGCACCAGCUGGCCGGCGUCUACGUGCACUGGAGGAAGUACGAGGGCGCGGAGCAGCUGUACCGCCAGGCGCUGCAGAUCAGCGAGAACGCCUACGGCGGCGAGCACGCCAGCGUGGCCCGCGAGCUGGAGGCGCUCGCCGUGCUCUACCAGAAACAGAACAAGUACGAGGAAGCGGAGAAGCUCCGUAAGAGGUCCGUCAGGAUACGACAGAAGACGGCCCACCAGAAGGGACACAUGUACGGGUUCACCCUGCUGAGGCGCAGGGCCCUCCAGCUGGAGGAGCUGACCCUGGGGAACGACUCGGCCGACUGUGCCAAGACCCUGAACGAGCUGGGGGUCCUGUACUACCUGCAGAACAACCUGGAGGCGGCGCGGGGCUUCCUGAGCCGCUCCCUGGAGAUGCGUCAGCGGGUGCUGGGCCCGGAGCACCCGGACUGCGCCCAGUCGCUCAACAACCUGGCGGCGCUGCACAGCGAGCGGCGCGAGUACCAGGCGGCCGAGGACCUCUACCAGAGGGCCCUGGAGCUGCGCAAGGCCGCCCUGUCCCCGGACCACCCCUCCCUGGCCUACACCCUCAAGCACCUGGCCAUGCUCUACAAGCGCAGGGGUAAGCUAGAGAAGGCGGUCCCCCUCUACGAGCUAGCUCUGGACAUCAGACAGAAGAGCUUCGGGGCCAAACACCCCAGCGUUGCCACGGCGCUGGUCAACCUGGCCGUCAUCUACUGCCAGCUGAAGAAGCACGAGGAGGCUCUCCCUCUGUACCAGCGGGCGCUCCGGGUCUACGAAGACACGCUGGGCCCCUCCCACCCCCGCGUCGGAGAGACCCUCAAGAACCUGGCCGUCCUCAGCUACGAGGAGGGGGACUUUGAGAAAGCCGCAGAACUCUACAAGCGGGCCAUGGAGAUCAAGGAGGCGGAGCCAUCGCUGGUGUGUGGGACCGCCCCCUCACGCCACUCCUCCAAUGGGGACACGUUCAGCCUCAAAGGCCCCGCCCUCAUCCCCCAGACCCCCAGCUCCGGCCAGUCCAACCCCACCUUCCUGGUGCGGACCCCGGCGGAGAGCCUCGUCCUCAGGAAGAGACCCCCGGGGUCCCUGCUCCCCGGCGCGCACAGGGUGGACAGGGAGUUCCGGGUUCAGAAGGCUCUAUCCUCUGUUGGUUUCCCUGUCGCUCGCCCCCUGCUGCUCUGCUCCGAUGAUGAUGUCAUCGGAACCGAGUUCUACCUGAUGGAGCAUGUGAAUGGCCGGGUGUUCCGGGACCUGCGUCUCCCCGGGGUGAGCCCGGCGGAGCGGGCGGCGCUGUACGUAGCGGCGGUGGAGGUCCUGGCCCGCCUCCACAGCCUCCGCCCCGCCGACCUCCACCUGAUGGACUACGGACGGGGACACGCCUACUGCCAGAGACAGGUGUCCACCUGGACCCGGCAGUACCAGGCCUCGGCCCACCAGGACGUCCCGGCCGUCAGCGAGCUCUCCCAUUGGCUGAGCCUCAACCUGCCGUCCGACCGGGACGAGGUCUCUCUGGUCCACGGGGACUACCGCCUCGACAACCUGGUGUUCCACCCCACCGAGGCGCGGGUGUUGGCGGUGUUGGACUGGGAGCUGUCCACGACCGGCCAGCCAAUGGCUGACCUCGCCUACUUCCUGAUGCCUCACUAUUGGCCGCAAGAGCUCAGCUUCCUCAGCACCAUGGGAAGCGUGAGCGGAGUACCAGGGGUCCCCGGCCCGGAGGAGCUCAUGUCGGUGUACCGGCGGUGCCGCGGGCUCGAGUCCCCCCUGCCGCCGCUCAACUUCCACCUGGCGCUGUCCAUGUUCAAGAUGGCCGCCAUCGCCCAGGGGGUGUACGCGCGCCACCUGAUCGGCAACGCCAGCGCCCCCAACGCGGCGGAGUUCGGACGGUUGGUGGAGCCGCUAGCCAAGGCAGCGCUGCAGCUGGCCACCGGGUCUCUUCCGGGUCCGGAGAGCCGUCUCUUCCUGCAGAGCCCGCGGGGACAGGAAGUCCUCCAGCGGGUCAAGGAGUUCAUGAGGGACCACGUACUUCCUGCCGAGAAGGAAGUGGCCGAGUACUACGAGAGACACGGCGCUGGCUCCCCUCAGCGCUGGGAGACCCCUCCGGUCGUCGAGGACCUGAAGGCUAAGGCGAAGGAGGCGGGACUAUGGAACCUCUUCCUGCCGGCGGUCAGCGGUCUCUCCCAGCUGGACUACGCCCACAUCGCGGAGCAGACCGGCCGCUGUUUCUACGCCCCCGAGGUCUUCAACUGUCAGGCUCCCGACACAGGAAACAUGGAGGUGCUCCACAUGUUCGGCAGCGAGGAGCAGAAGAAGAAGUGGCUGGAGCCCCUGCUGAGAGGAGAGAUACGCUCCUGCUUCUGCAUGACAGAGCCCGCCGUAGCAUCCAGCGAUGCCACCAACAUGGAGUGUUCUCUGCAGCGGGACGGGGAGACGUACCUGGUGAACGGCACCAAGUGGUGGAGCAGCGGUGCGGGUAAUCCCAGGUGUAGCAUCGCCAUCGUGAUGUGCAGAAACAGCUCCACCGACCACAGGCACCAGCAGCACAGCAUGGUUCUGGUUCCGAUGGACGCCCCGGGGGUGAAGCGAGUUCGACCGCUCACCGUGUUCGGACAGGACGAUGCCAUCCAUGGUGGCCAUUUUGAGAUACAGUUUGACAACGUGAGAGUCCCUCUGAGCAACAUCAUCCUAGGGGAGGGGCGGGGCUUCCAGAUCGCCCAGGGCCGCCUGGGCCCGGGGCGGCUGCAUCACUGCAUGCGGGCCGUGGGAUUGGCCGAGCGCGCCCUGGAGCUGCUCUGUCGCCGCGCCGCCGCACGCCGCGCCUUCGGGAAGAAGCUCUACCAGCACGAGGCGCUGGCCCACCAGGUGGCGGAGAUGCGUCUGCUGAUCGAUCAGAGCCGUCUGCUGACGCUGAGCGCCGCCCACGCCGUCGACACCGUCGGGAACCGCGCCGCGCGCCAGCAGAUCUCCCUGAUCAAGGUGGCAGCUGCCCGGAUGGUGUGUCAGGUGGUGGACUGCGCCAUCCAGGUGCACGGGGCCGCGGGGGUCUCCUCUGACUUCCCCCUCGCCCAGAUGUAUAUGUACGCCAGGACGCUGCGCAUCGCCGACGGGCCGGACGAGGUCCACCUGUCCUCCAUCGCUCACCUGGAGCUCCAGGACCAGCUGAGGAAGACCAGGGCCCGGCUCUGAGGAAGACCAGGGGCCAGAGGAAGGCCAGGGGCCAGAGGAAGGCCAGGGCCCGUCUCUGAGGAAGACCAGGGGCCAGAGGAAGACCAGGGGCCAGAGGAAGGCCAGGGCCCGGUUUUCUUUAAUUGUGUUCAUUGGUUUUCAGAAAAAGAAUUGUUUUGCAGAUCAGUGUAACGAUGAGCUUUUUUGAAUUGGAUAAUCAAGAGAAGAAUAAAUAAUGAUGAAAAUCUGAAAAAAAUUAUCACGAAAUAUAAACAUUUACAUAUUCACAUGCCCCUCCAUGUACAUAUAUUUAUAAAUCCUAAUAUUUUAUUUAAAUUUAAAAUGACUAAUAAAUAAAAGGGGAAUGAUUCAAUAUGAAAGGAUGCAUUGAUGCUGGGUUAAAAAAUGAUGUAACAGUUUUGUUGGAGUGAGAAUAAAGCCUGCGUAGGUGAACCAGCAGACUUGUG